CAACCAGCAGCGUAUAAAAGACGUGUGCGUGGCGUGCUUGGCCGUGGCACUUGUGUCGGUGUUUUCUGUCUUGCGGCCGUCGUCGUCGCCGCCGUCGCCGCAAUUUAGUCACGCCUCUUGGCAGCAUCUGGAUCUUGUUCGGUGCCGUGCCGUGCUGCUGUGACCAAGGACCAGCAUCAUGGAAUCCAUCUACAACCUCGUGCCACGUGAAAUGCGCGCCGAGCCCAAGGGCAAGCGAUAUGUGUCAAAGUACGCCACUCAAGCUCGCGAAGAGUACAAGGGUAACAAGCAGGGGGGCAAGACCAUGGGUCCUGCCAAGGUUGAGCCCAACAGCACAACGCAGUUCUUGAAGCGCGGCAUGGGUCAAACUGCUGCCGUAAACCACACCCAAAAACCCGACCGCACCAAACCCAACAAGGCGAAGAAACCGCCCGUACCAAAGCACAACGACGCUCCCGUGAUGGGUUUGAAGAGCCAAAAGAACUUUAUCAAGGGCAAUGCCAUCGCCGCCAUGACUCUGCAACCUACGCAACGCGAGGAGCUGGUUUUGGACGCAACAGGCCGUGUCGACCCCGCCAAGGCUGGCCUCAAGCCCACUUACUCCAAGAAGAAAGAUUAUGGCAAGACGCCAGCGUACCUGACCAAGCGCAAGCAGGAGGAAGAACGGGCGACUGCCGAGUACGAGGACUACAUGCGUACAAUCGCUGCACAGAACGCACCCUAUGAAGUGCCCGAGGAUGAGCGCCAGGAUCUGUUGCGUGGCCUCAAGGCCAACUGGGAUCAGCUCCACAAGGAAUACCUUGGUUUUAGCAUGGUGGUGGAUACGGCAACAAAGCAACUCCGCAAAAAAGACAUGGAAAAGCGGUUGGCACAGCUGGAAAGUGACAUUCAGCUCAUCGAGAACCACCCCGUUAUUCUCGUGCAAUGAGUGUGGUCCUGACAUCCCCCCCUUGUAUUUUCUUUCAAAACUCCCUUGUGCUUCUUCUCUCCUUUUCUUUUGUUUGCUAGCGUUAUCCCGGGGCCCUGUGAUCUGACCGUGGAAGCGAUGUGCCGUGUUGAGAGAGGAGCCGGGCUAGAUGUCUCGUCUUGUUUUUGCAUCUAGUGAUGGGGGCGGCGGGUGUGCAGUGCAAUGCGACCGUCCUCAGCAACUUGAAAUUGUUCAAUUUGAACGCGUCUUAUU